ACCAGGUUUUUCCACCAACCGCCCCGCUUCCCUCCCCCCCGUGCAUUUGGGCGAAGUGGUAAAAACCUUCCUUACGUACUCCGUAAUGAUUGGCAGGGCUGACAGUGAUUGGCAGGGGCUACCAUGGCAACGCCACAACGACACUCAGAAGACCAAUAGAAAAGCGAAACAAAAUGUUUCAGCGCUGCACUCACUGUGGAUUUAGGGGAGAUAUUAUGAGGCUGUUGUCAUUAGGGCGAUUGCUGUUGAAUCACUGAAUCCUGACUCGGCGGCGGCGCGGGGCCGGGUGUGUGUGAGUGCGUGUGCGCGUGUGUGUGUGUGCGUGCGUGUGUGUGUCCGCGUGUGCGUGUGUGUGCCCCCGUGCCUCUAUGUGGCUGUGUGUGCGUGUGCGGGUGUGGAUGCGUGCGCGGUGCGUGUGCCCUUUCCUCCCUUCUUCCUCCCUUUCUUUCUUUUCUCCUUGAUUUAUCUCCCCCUCUCCCCGGUCAUCCCAUGGUGUUCAGGUCCCCGCUAGAGCUUUAUCCCACCCAUUUCUUCUUGCCAAACUUCGCCGCCGACCCGCACCACCGCUCCCUCCUUCUCGCCAGCGGCGGCGGCGGCGGCGGCAGCGGCAGCGGCUCGGGCUGCAGCCCCGGUGCCGGCGGCGGUGGAGGCGGCAGCUCCCGGGCACCCCACGAAGAGUUGUCAAUGUUUCAGCUGCCCACACUCAACUUCUCCCCGGAGCAAGUGGCCAGCGUCUGCGAGACGCUGGAGGAGACUGGAGACAUAGAGAGGCUGGGGAGGUUCCUCUGGUCGCUGCCGGUGGCGCCGGGGGCAUGCGAGGCCAUCAACAAGCACGAGUCCAUCCUCCGCGCCCGGGCGGUGGUGGCCUUCCACACGGGCAACUUCCGAGACCUCUACCACAUCCUGGAGAACCACAAAUUCACCAAGGAGUCCCACGGCAAGUUGCAGGCCAUGUGGCUCGAAGCGCACUACCAGGAGGCCGAGAAGCUAAGGGGUCGCCCGCUGGGGCCGGUUGAUAAAUACAGGGUGAGGAAGAAGUUUCCGCUGCCCAGGACCAUUUGGGAUGGCGAGCAGAAGACGCACUGCUUCAAGGAGAGGACUCGCAGCCUCCUGAGGGAGUGGUACCUGCAGGACCCUUACCCCAACCCCAGCAAGAAAAGGGAACUGGCUCAGGCCACAGGGCUCACCCCCACGCAAGUAGGCAACUGGUUCAAAAACCGAAGGCAAAGAGACAGAGCAGCGGCGGCUAAAAACAGGCUCCAGCACCAGGCGAUAGGACAGAGCGGGAUGCGGUCGCUGGCAGAGCCCGGCUGCCCGACACACAGCUCGGCCGAGUCCCCGUCCACGGCGGCCAGUCCGACCACCAGCGUCUCCAGUUUGACAGAAAGAGCCGAGACGGGCACCUCCAUCCUCUCGGACAAGCACGAUUUCUCCUUUGCGCUUUUCCAUGGACGCAUUUCACCCACUUGCAUGAUGAUGAUGAUUAAAUUUGUAUCUGGGAAAAAAUAUUCUCUAUAGUAAAGGAAAACAAACAGAAACCAGACAAACAAACGCAAACUCCGAUCGAAUUUGUACAAAAAUCAAAAAUAAACAAAAAAAAAUUAAAAGGAACUCCUUGAAGAGGGAAAUAACAAAUGUUUAUCGCCUUUUUGUUGGUCCUAUUUCUCUCUCUUUCUCUCUCCCUCUCCUUUUCUCUCUCUUUUUUUUUUUUUUUUUUAAGUCCAAGUGAUGGUCCAGCCAAGAUGCAAUUUUCUGUUUUUUUGUUCAGCAGACAAUCAUUUUAUUCGUAAGCACCUUUUUUUCUACACUUCUGUCACUGCCUGUGUGGGUACUGGUUAUAAAUGUGGAAAAAGAAUAGUUAUGACUGUAACAGAUUUUUAUUUUUAUUUCAAAAUUUUAUAUGAAUUAUGUAUAUCUUAAUGAUGCGGUCAUUUUCCCAGUUUGUAAUAUAUGUGUAGAAAUGCUUGUAUAUGAUAUUUGCUCUACUCUUUCUUUCUCCCUCCCCCCUCUCUGUCUAUCUCCCUCCCACCCUUUCUCUCUCCUUUUUAUUUUCCUUGACUCGGUGUUCCUUGCACAAACUUAGCUGUCAAGAUCUGACGUGCUAGGUUUUCAAAAGGGACCUCAGCGAUAGAAAAAAAAAAAAAGAAAAAGAAAAAAAAAGCUUAGGGUGCAACUGUAGUUAUCUUAUGCAAAGGCUAUUUUGAGUAUUUCAUAGCAGCUUUGGGGGGUCUCUUCUUAAACUCCACGUAGGACGCUUAAACUAUUGUUUCCUUAACUGCGUGUUUAUCUAUAUGUACAAACUUUCUAA